UUUAUAUAUUUUCUAAUUUUUUCUGUGUAAUUGAAACAUGGAUUUGCGAUUAUCAACAUGCAAGAUUCAGAUGACAACGUUAAGAUUGAUAUUCAUCAUAACGAUGACAAUGUUGAUGAUGAGAACCGGAGACUCGAUGAGAUUGGAUCUGGAAUCAGGCACGACCAAAUGUAUCUCCGACGACAUCAAAAUGAAUUAUCUGACUGUGGGUACUUAUUCCGUCGUCAAUCCCAACGAAGCUAUCCAUCUUCCUGCUUCCCACAAAAUCUUUGUCACUGUGGCGUCACCUAAAGGGCACACUCAACACCAAGCAGAAAAUGUGGAGUCUGGGAAAUUUGUGUUCACGGCGGUGGAAGACGGCGAUUACACAACGUGUUUUAUUGCUCCUGUUUUAAAACCUCCGGCCAAAUUCGCCGUUGAUUUCGAAUGGAAAAGUGGCGUGGAGGCUAAAGAUUGGGCCACCAUCGCCAAGAGAGGCCAGAUCAACAUGCUGGAGGUGGAGGUGAGGAAACUACUCGACGUGACGGAGUCUAUACACGACGAAAUGUUUCUACUCCGGGAGAGGGAGCGGGAAAUGCAGGAGCUAAACCGGUCGACAAACUCGAGGAUGGCGGGUCUAAGUUUAUUCUCGUUGGUGGUUACGUUGUUUGUAGCCGGUUUACAACUAUGGCAUCUCAAGUCAUUCUUGGAGAGGAAGAAGCUUCUCUAAUCAAACAAGUUGUUACUCUUUUAUCAGAUUUUGGUGUUAUCCAUUUUAGCUUCUUUUUUACUAAAUAAAUCACUUUCUUUA